AUGGUCUUGAAAGCUGAUAGGUCUCUGUUUGGGCGGAUCAUAGUCAUUGGUCAGAGCCGGAAGAUUGAUGUGAGAGAACUGCUACAGUACAGCUUGGGGCCAUUGCCGUGGUCUUUAGCAACUACAGAAGGGUUUCCUCGAAAAACAAACUUAGCAGCGCUAGCGACUCCCCUCCAAAAGGAUGUACCGUUAGCUGAUGGCCUUCCGCAGAACUCAGCUGCUAUUAUCGACGGUAUGAGUCUAGUUCAGAAGUUGAGCGUUGGUGGAGGACAGACAACCUUCGCAAUGGUUGCUUCUUCUCUUCUAACAAAAGUUCUUCACGAAGGCUCCCAGACCAACAGAAUCGACGUGGUUUUUGAUAUAUACAGAGAUAUGUCAAUUAAGAAUGCAGAGAGAACCAUGCGUGGAGAAGUUGCGGGAGUUCAACUGUCGUAUAUAAGUUCUACUCAGCUGGUCAAGCAGUGGAGAAAUUUCCUGUCGGAGGUCAAGAACAAGACAAGUCUAAUCAAGUUCUUUUCCAGAGAAUGGAGAGAAGAAGACUGCAUGAGAAGGCUGAAAGGAAAAACAUUGUUUGUUACUGCUGAGAGUGAAUGCUGGAAGAUAACUAAAAAGGGAAGCGAGAAUGUGGCAGAGCUGACAAGUAACCAGGAGGAAGCUGACACUCGUCUACUGCUUCACGCUAAACAUGCUGCCCAGGAGGGGUAUGAAGCAGUAGCAGUGAUCUCGGAAGAUGCAGACGUGUUUGUCUUGCUUUUGAACUUCUCAAGCAUUAUCAACACUAGACUCUAUAUGAAGUGUGGUUCCAGAAUGAGGACGCGACUUGUCGACAUCAAAGGAGCAGUUCAGAGAACCGGGCGAGAGAUAUGCGAGGCACUGAUUGGGUUGCAUUCUUUUACAGGGUGUGAUUCAGUAAGUGCCUUUGCUGGUAAAGGAAAUUUAGGGGCUCUUAAAAUCCUUAAAACCAAUGAAGGCGUAAGAAGAGCGUUCCAAGAGCUUGGCCAGUCCUGGACAGUAUCAGAGGACCUUUACACUUUGCUUGAGAAGCUCACCUGCUCCAUGUACAUACCAGUCGGCAACACAACCAGCCACGUGAAUGAUGCACGAUACAAACUGUUCUGUGCAAAGAAUGGCGAACUGGAGUCACACCAGCUACCUCCUUGCCAGGACUCCCUUCGGAAACACAUUCUUCGUGCAAACUACCAAGCAGCUUAGUUGACAACGCCUGUUUCUAUUAAAUAUUUGUCACAGGUAAUGUGAUGAGGAUAACAACUAAUUUAGUAUUACAUCACUCCUGCAGCUUUAUGGAGACGGAGCCUGGAGGCUAACCCAGACAUUCCCAGUCCAGAUGGUAUGGGGUGGACAACACAGACCUCCACUGACGCUGCAUCCACUGAACUAGUGAUCAACUGGAUGGACGGGCAGCCAGCUCCUUCUGCUGUCCUGGAACUGCUGGUGUGUAAAUGUAAGAAGACCUGUAAACUCCCAAGUUGUGUUUGCAUGAACAGUGGUUUGAAGUGCACGGACCUCUGCUCGCUAAAUGACAGCACCAACCAGCCAGCUCAAGACGAUUCAUCAAACAUUAUUGAUAAUGAAGCAGACGAAUAUGAUGAUGAUGACUUUUAA